UCCAUUUCCUCUUUGGUGUUUACAAACACUGAGAGCUUGAGACCCAAAACCCCCUAAACCCAAACGGACAAAAUAACAAAGCACAAAAACAAUCCAAUCCAAUCCUCUCUGAGCUCUCUCCCUCUCUACCCAAAACAUGAUUAUCAGUAGUAGUUGUGUGCGUACAUUUUGCCCGCGCCUCACGUCGUCGUCGAAGAAGCGUGCCCUCCGGACGGCUGCGCUGGUGACUUUCACUAUCCGCCGGCGACGUUUGAGCACCGCGUGCUCAGUUUCAGCCACCAAGAGUAAAGAGAAGGAGAAGGUGAUAGUCGUAUCUGGGCCCACCGGAGCAGGGAAGAGCCGCCUGGCUUUGGAGCUCGCUAAGCGGCUCAAUGGCGAGAUUAUCAGCGCCGACUCUGUUCAGGUAUAUCGGGGACUUGAUGUUGGAUCUGCCAAGCCUUCCCCAGGUGAUAGACAGGAGGUGCCGCAUCAUCUUGUUGAUAUUUUGCACCCAUCUGAAGACUAUUCUGUCGGAAAAUUUUAUGAGGAUGCAAGGCAAGCUACAAGAUCUAUUCUUGAUAGUGGCCGUGUUCCCAUAGUUACUGGUGGCACUGGAUUGUACUUGCGCUGGCUCAUAUACGGAAAACCAGAUGUUCCCAAAGCGUCUCCAGAUAUUGCAUCUGAAGUGUAUUCCGAGUUAGCGGAUCUGCAGAAAAAUGAGGACUGGGAAGCAGCUGUGCAGUUAGUGGUCAAAGCAGGUGACCCAAAGGCUCAAUUUUUGGCUGCCAAUGACUGGUAUCGAUUAAGACGCAGCCUUGAGAUCAUUAAGUCUAGUGGAUCACCUCCAUCUGCAUUUCAAGUACCCUACAAUUCUUUCAGGAAACAAUGUGAUUCUAGUGUAGUUGACAGACAUGACAUCAAUCCUUCUACUGAUGUUGUGGAAGAAUUAAAAUCAAAGGAAUUGGACUAUGAUUUCAUUUGCUUUUUCCUCUCAAGCAAAAGAGUUGGUCUUUAUAGAUCAAUUGACUGCCGAUGUGAAGAUAUGCUGUCAGGAAGUGAUGGUAUCUUGUCUGAGGCUAGAUGGCUUCUUGAUAGUGGUCUUCUUCCAAAUUCAAAUUCAGCAACCAGAGCAAUUGGUUACAGACAAGUAGUAACAGUAAGAAAUAUUUGCUUUUAGGCAAUGGAGUAUCUAUUGAUGUGUAGGCAGCAAGGAGGUAGCUCUCCAAGAGAGUUCUUCAAUUU